GCCAUUUUUAACCAAACCUUGGUGACGGGAAGAUCUGAAAAUGAAAAUGCGACUUUGUUCGUAUUUGAAACCCCGAUUAUUUUCGCAGAAGAUCGCUCAUUUGAUAUGUAGCAUGUUUCCGGGGAUGAUUAAACAUUGCAGGGCGGUUUAUAUGUGAUGUGAAAGAUUUGGAAAGAAUUGUCGGCGCGAUAGAGACGAAGAAAGCAUCAUGAUCCUUUAAGGCUACAUCCACACGACAACGGCAACGAGAUUUUUUUUUUUUAAAUAUCGCGUCCACAUGGGCAACGGAUCAGUAAAAUAUCAGAACUUGUCCAGUGAUGGAGGACAUGUAUGAGGAAACAGAUGUGAAGGUGAGUGAAGAGGUGGAGAGCUGUUGUGCGUUAGUGGACCUCACGUGCUCAUCUAAGAAGAAGAGAAGGACCAAAGCCAUCACAGAACAUGCCGAGAAACACAAAAAACCCAGGUCCGCCUACCUGCUGUAUUACUUUGACGUGCAUCAGAAGAUGCAGCAAGAGCACCCGGACAUGCCCCAGUCUGAGAUCAACAAGCGCAUCAGCGACAGCUGGAAGAGACUCACUGUCGCUGAUAAAGGAUAUUACCUGGAGAAGGCUAAGAUGGAGAAAGAUGGCGUGGACCCAACUACACAGUCAUCAGCUUCUCAAGACAUCCCAGGCUUCCGGAAAAUUCUGCCAAGAACCGACUACGUUCUCCUCCCGAAGACCUCUGUGGGGGAGGACAGGCCCGGAGCUUCUGUGGACAUCUGUAUGGAAGGUGAUUCCCCUCUGACUCUGGGUAGUGAGGUGGAACUGGUGGAGCAGUGCGUCACCGUAGAGCCUUUAGCUGAAGACGCAGUUGUGCCUUUGAGUAGAUCUUCGGCACUCCAAGCAAUCCUGCCACAGUGUUCCACCUCGACUGGAAGAUUUCUGACUUUCCCACAGCAUAGCCGCCAGUCCACUAGCCUGGUGGUGAAGGAGGAUGGAGGUAGGGCUUUGGGCAGAGCUUACGACAUGGAAGUGGAUGAGGGGUUUGAGGGCGUGGCCACGAUUUCAUCGGUCAAAGCAGAGUCUACUCAUCUGGUAGCCAUCAUACCCAGUCAUGAGCUGGUAGAAAACAAAGUUGUCCCUGCAGUCAACCCAGUAAUGAUGCUCCCCUUGGUGAACCACGCCAAACCAGAGCCUAAGCCCUCCUUUAAACUAUCCAUAAAGUACACUAGGAGGGGUCGAGGCUAUUGUAGCACUCCUGGAUGCUCUUUCUCCUACGUGACUCGCCAUAAACCUCCUCGCUGUCCUGACUGUGGACAGCACCUCGGUGGAAAGUGGUUUCCGUCCGCAGCCAAAAAAGCAGGACCUGGUUCUAACCCGUCUCCACAAAAACUGAAAGGUCACCCUGAUGGUUCCAGUUCUGCUGAAGUGGCUAUUCAGAGCACCGUUCAGCCAUCUGACACGGUCACCGGACAAACACAGGCACCCAAGAGCAAAAGCGACAAAACAGUGCGUCAUCCUAAGGUUCCAGCCGACGUCUCUGCAGCAUCCGCGAAUGCUCCUGGACCCUGGAGGAGAGAAAAGAUGGGUGUAGUUACGGUUUAUCAACCAGCCGGUGGUGGUGGUGGUGCCUUUGACAAAACUUCAGACGCCUUUCAGCUGUCAGGAUCAACAGCUGUCAUUGGGUUAAGUGGUGGCCAUGUCCAGGUCAUUAGCAAAGACACGGGUCAGAAACGGCGCAUUCGGGCCAUUCUCCCCGCCCCUGCCACCAAAAGCAUUCCGUCUCAGCCAGCGGUUGUUCAGUGGAUAACAGUGCCUCCAAGUAAGAUUAAAGGCGACACAAAAAUCGCAGCUCGAACAGUUAAGCCCCAAAAUGAGAGGAUUCUGAGCCUGAAACCCAGUACGCUGAAACAGCUGGGUCACUCUGUGUCUCCCACUGCCUUAGAGCAGAAACCAUCUGUAAUCAACAGCAGCCAGUACGUGGUGACUGACAGCGGAGUGAAGAUCCUCUCGAUGAUGCCUUUGAAGAAAAACUCAGGCUCUUCCCUGGCUCUAGGCUUGUCCACGGCACGGGGCAGGGGCAGGUGUAAAAACCCCUCCUGUGAUUACAUCUACAAGAACAGACACAAGCCGCGGUACUGCCCCAGCUGCGGCUGCGAACUCACCACCAAAGCAUCCAAGAAAGCCAAUGCCCCGUCAUCUCCUGAGCUGACAGAUAUGUCCACACUCCUGUUGGACCCAUCGCAACCUUUGACCCCAAGCCAGAGAGAGCUCCAGCGUCAGUCCACUGUAACCCUGCUCAAACACAGCCUACAAUUCCCUGAGAACGAAGCCGAGCUCCAGGAAAUCCUCACACACAUCCACAACCUCAACCAAGCACAUAGGAAGAGAGAUGAAGAGGACAGUGAGAAGGAUGAAGAGAAGGAUGGAGAGAGGGAGGAGCACUGUGGUUCUCCAAAGGAUGGAUGGUUGAGUUUCUAUGAGCCAGAAGCCACUCACUGCAGUCUGUGUCACUGUCCACUUUACAGAGGAGGAGAGAGUUGUUCUAUAGCAGGGCAGCAGCAGUGUUGGUUAGUGACGGACUAUUUACUGCAGCCGGUGUCACUGCAGCUGAAGGUGUGUCUGAACUCUCAGUGCCUGGCUGUACACAGCUUCACCAACCUCUACCCAGGUUUGUUUAAUGUCCGGAACCAGCUGCUAGUGAGUUUGGACUUGUUCUUUAAAAUCCGGAGUCAGAUCAAACAGGGUCAGGACCCUUCACUCGCAGCCCUCGACAUCAUCAACAACACACACAGUCCACCAGGCUGUGUAUUGAAUCCAGAUGAGCAGACUCGUGUGCAGGAGUUGUUGUGCAGUGGUUACUGGGCGUUUGAGUGUCUGACGGUGCGUGAUUUCAAUGACAUGAUCUGCGGGAUUUGUGGCAUCGCUCCGAAACUGGAAAUCGCACGACGCGACACAAACAGCGUCCUACAGCUCAAAAACGUGGAGUUCACAUGGCCGGAGUUCCAGGCCUCAGACGAGGUGCAGGUGGAGGAGUUCUGGCUAGCGAUGGAGAGCGAGGCCCUGGAGCAGGCGGUGUUUCCUUCCAACGUCUCCAUCACACGCUUUGACGCCUCCAUCAUCGCGCCCUUCUUUCCUGUACUGAUGAGGAGCUCUGUGGUCAUUAAUACAGAGAAGGACAAGAUCAUCACCAAUACGGAACACACAGGAGACCUGUGCAUGUUAAUGCGUUUAAUCCAUGAUGGUCAGCUAAAACCAGAGCAGAUGGAGCAGCACACUGAAGAGGAGCUACAGUCCAUCCUGGAGCAAUGUGGUGUACCUUCAGCACCGAACAGCACCAAGGAUGAGUUGAUGGUAUCUGUGUGUUUACUUUACACACAAGUACAAAAUGGCCUUUCAACAGCCCCCCAACCUGCUCAGCACCUCACUGCAGGAAAACUCAGCAAGAUGUGCCCUCACCAGGUGGUGUGUGGAUCUAAGUACCUGGUGCGUGGAGAAAGUGCCCGCGAUCAUGUAGACCUCCUGGUGUCUUCUCGUUUCUGGCCACCCGUGUACGUCGCAGACUGUGCUCAGAAGGUGGCGCUGUGUACAGAAGCACUGUACCCCGAACUGGCGUCACAGAUGUGGGGGAGGAACCAAGGCUGCUUCUCCGAUCCCAUGACUCCUGCAGAGUGCAUCUCCUGUCCUGAGCUCCAGGACCAGCAGUACAGCAUGGACCUCUCAUCUGUGGACUCCAACCCCCGUGUUCACCCUCACACCAAGUCCUUUUUGCGCUAUAUAGUGCACCCUGGUGAUAAUUCCGUCUCCUCCUCCGACCCCCACCAUGACCUGACUCUUUGUAAAGAGCUGCAGUCUUACUCCAGUCUGGUUUCAUCCAUAAGCGGCGGUUUAGAAGAGAAUGACAGCGAGUCCAGGGGAAAAGGAAAACAAAGAAAGCUCGUGUUCAACAACGCAGCGCACUUCUACCUCUACAACCGGCUCGUGGACUUCCUGAGCAGCCGGGACGUAGUGAGCCAGCAAAUGGCCGAAGUGCUGAGGGUGUGCCAGCAGGGCGAGGUGGUGAUGAUCCGAGACGCCCUCUACAGGCUCGGAGUAGCGCAGCUCAACAGGGAGGAUGAGGAGACUGAGCGCAUAGGAGAGGGAGAGGAAGAAGAGCCAGAAGGAGACGCAGACACCGUAGCAGUGGAUGUCUUGCUAGAAUGAUAGAGGGAGAGACGAUGGGACUCAAACACUGUGAGAUUUUCAAUAACACGAUCUACAAGAGGACACUGUGCAGGGCGCAUGUAAUAGGUUUUAAUAUAAAAUGAUAGUAUUUAUUGCUAAUUAUGUGUGUUAAUGAAGAAACUAUGGUCAUAUGAAAGAUAACCACUCAGAGUAACUUUUAUUGUAAUUGCGAUUGUCCAUAUUUCUACAUAUUUAUAACUUUGUUUUUGAUAUGCUACAUCAAAAUGUACAAUUAAUUAAUUUACUGAUUUAAGAGCCAAUACUAAUUUAACAAACAUCAUGAAUUGCAAUACACUGCUAAAGCGUUAUAUUCACUUUUCUUUGUUCCAUUUCUAUCUUCUUUUAAAGCGAUGCCUCAAUGACAAUCAUGUCCUAUUAUAUCAAUGAGCCACGUUAAUGCCAAUUUCAGUGAAUAGAAAGUAAACAUGCUACACUGUAUUAAAGCAAUAGAUAACA